GUGGCUCACGGUUAAACAUAGUCUCGCCCACGCGGCUCGCAUGUUACCACCGCCACCGAUCGCCACAAGCCCAGUCCCAUCUUCCAUCUCGACAACUGUACACGCGACCAGGGUCAUUGAAGCAAAAUGAGUCGUGUAGGGCGAACCCGACGCACGCGCGUCUACGAUUGCAACUACAACAAAGGCGAGAGUUAUUAUCGACCAGUGCUAGACCGUCUUGAUGGCAAGACCCUUGCGCCUCGUGAGCCUGAGCGCGACCGCAUCCGAGCUGACGUCGAUAGCCGCAUCCGCAGCGCCCUCGAAGACAUCGAAACACCACAACGCGAUCUAGAUCUCUUUGACUCCAGGGGAGGACGUGUCCAAAGAAAUAGACCCAUCUCUACUGCUUUCGAAGAAGAUGAACUUGGCGAAGAUAUUACAGAAUCACUGAAACGUCUGCGUGCCGGCAAAAAGACAUCUCGCUUCGCUGAAGACAUCGAUUUUGAAAACAGCGUCUCCAACCUCGAGAACCGCGUAAGAAUCUCUGAUAAAAUUCUCGAGUCCGUUGGCGUAGGGCAGAGCGACAUCAGCAGCGCAAGGCGAGCUCUAAAAGACAAUGAGGAACGCACAGAAAAGCGUAUCUCCCGCAGAUUAAAUGACGAGAAUCAAUUGACGAAAUGGUCCGCAAUUAAGUCUGAUGACGAAAUCGCGGCUGCACAAAGAGCAAAAAUCACCAGAGCACGCCUCACUGACCUAGAAGACGAGAUGUCCGAGCUAAACGAGCGUACUGCAGCCCGAGAGAAGCGCGCCGCGCGCCUCCGUGCCAUCGUCGCCGACACCGAUGUAGCUGACUCCACGGUCGCCGCCUCCAAGAUCAGUAUCCGGGCCGAGAGAGAAAAGAAGCAAGUUACCUUCUAAACACGCUACAAACGCUUUCUUUGAAAUCUUUCAAAGUACUCUAUGCUCUAAAACAGCGAGUUUUAUAGCACCGGGAGUUUAUAUUUUGGAGAUAGAAAUGUUUGUUAGAACGUAUUUUCCUGCAUUUGUCUAUGAACGUGUUGAUGUCUAUUUUAUACUUUUUGGAUAGAUAAUGCGCUUUGUAUUUCCCUGUUUUUAUUUAUUGUCUUAAUAAAAACACA